CUUCCGCCGGUCAAAGAUAGAUUCAUUUUUAACCCUCCCAGAGAUUGUUUGGUGACGUUGGAUCUUUCCCCUUUAUGGGCGGAUUUUGAAUUUUAUGAAUUAACUGAGGUCAUGAGGCAGAAAGACGACUUAGACUUUGUUAAUGCGUUAAACAAUUUUGCCCAGGGAACUAUGAAUGCUGCAGACAUCAACAUUUUUAAAAGUAGAGAAGUCGCUGAAAAUGAAGUACCUAGUGACGCUAUAAGGUUGUACUAUACGAAUUUGGAUGUUGACAGAUAUAAUGCCAUAAAAAUAGCAGAGUCUAAUGAAACAGAAAUUUUAAGUUUGGCUGAAGAUAAAUUGACAGGCAAUUUGAAAGAAGAACAAAUUUUAAAGAAACUUGAUAUUUGGAAGGCUAAAACUACCAGAGAUUGUGGAGGGUAUCCAUAUUCUAUACAAUUCAAAAAAGGUAUCAAGUACAUGGUAACUGCAAAUCUAGAUGUAUCGGAUGGUAUCGUAAACGGUGCAACUGGAGUUUUGGAAUUUGUUUUUUGUAAUCCACAGUCAAGUAAACCUAUCAUAGUGUAUCUUAAUUUUGACAGUAAGAAAGUUGGCAGAAAAGCUCGACUUAAAUUUCAUGAAUUUACAGAAAAUUUGAAUCUUAACAAAAACUGGACGCCUAUUGAAAGACAAAGAUAUAGUUUGACUAAUCAUUUUCAACGUGACUAUCAAAUUACUCGAAAUCAAUUCCCAUUAGUUCCCUGUGAAGCGCUUACAAUUCAUAAAAGUCAGGGACAAACAUAUUCAAAAGUAUGCGUUGAUUUACGCAAGAAAGGGAACUCGACACGUCAGUUGAUUUAUGUUGCCUUGAGUCGUGUUUCGAAACUAUCUGGCCUUUAUAUAUUAGGAAAUUUUCCGGGAAAUAUGGCCGACAAUCCUACUAUCAGAGCUUGUUUGAAAGAAACGGAAAGAUUGAAGACGUAUAGACAAUUAACUUUAUCUUUUAAUAAUUUAACAACUCACACAGGAUUGGUAAUUGCUUAUCAGAAUUCUAGAUCUUUAAGAGAAAAUUUGAAGUAUAUCAACGCAGAUGCAUGGUAUUCGAGAUGUGACAUAAUUGUAUUUUCUGAAACGGGUAUCCUGACAAACGAUGAAGUAAAUAUACCCAAUUUUAAUAUUGUUUACCGAUCAGAUAGACAAACACUUCCAUUGUUUGUUAAGAGUGGCAUUGCAAAAGGUAUAAUAUGCUAUGCGAAAAUUGGUUUAAUAAUUUCAGUAGAAAGUCAUAAGACGGUUUUUAAAGCCAAUAACCUCAAUAAAUAUGUUGGCCACACCGACUUAGUGAUUCUAAAAUAUAGACAUCUUUCGCUUCUUACAGGCUAUAAAUCACCUAAAAUUAAUUAUAAUGAAUUUAUAUCUGUAUUCAAUUCAAUUCACAACGGUAAUAAUGACCCAACCAUAUUGAUAGGAGAUUUCAAUUUCAAUCUCAACAGUACAUGUGACGAAACAAAAAAAUUUGUUAAAUACCUGAAUAGAAUGAAUCUUUUUGAUAAGUUAGUUUGUAACGAGCCUACAACAGAUCUUGGUUCAAGAUUAGAUAUUGUGUUUUCGAACAUAAGAAAUAUUUCAACUGGUGUAUAUGAGUCUUAUUUUUCUGACCACAAACCAGUCUUUGCAAUAAUUCGUGAAACAGUAUUGGAAUUGGAUUCUGCUGAAUUUCUAGAAAGCGAGUAUUAUGAUAAUUCUUUAUCAAAUUUUGUCAAUGACAACAUCCACAAUGAACUUUUCAAUGACCCUCCAGAAGAACUUUUUAAUGAUGCUAAUAUUUUGAUUGAAAAUUCAAGAACACAGAUACUUGAAAACGAAGAAUGGUCCAACGCUGAACUUUUUAGAAAUUUGAAUGAAGCGUUAUCAGAUAUUUUGGUUACUUCAAUUGAUUUUAAUGUAGAUACAGAAUACCGCAUUUUGUCAUUGCUAGAAAAUUAUUCUGAAUCACUUGAUCUUGCUUGUACGCAUUUGAAAGUUUGCCCAAUUCAGAUUUUUGAUAAUUUUCGAGAUAUCGACAGGAGGGCGAAUGAACAGUAUUGUCAUGAUGAAUUUGUUGAAAUUGAAAUUCCGAGAGAUGGAAAUUGUCAGUUUCAUUCGAUUUCAUAUUCUUUGAUUGGGAAUACUAAUUUGUCAAAUGUUCUUCGAACGUUGGCAUUCAGAAGCGUUUUACAAAAUAAGUCCUAUUUUGAAGGCAGAGAAAAUUUACUUGAAUCAGGAUCAUUUUUUAAACUUCUUUGUAUUUCAUGUGAAGACAGUGCCUGGGGUAAUGCGGACACUUUAUAUGCAUUGAGUAUUAUUUUACAGCGAAGUAUUUUUGUCGUUAUCAAAGGAACCCCAAUUAAUUGUUUGGAAAUUAGACCAGCAGUAGCAUCAUUCACUCCGAUUGUUUUGAUUUACGGAUCAUCCCAUUAUAAUGUACUUCUUCCAAUAGAACUUAAUUCUAAAUAUGAGUUUCCGAAUAUAAGUGUAAUUGAUGUAAGAGAAACGGAACUGUUUUCUUAAUUUUUUACUUGUUCAAAUGGUUUCGAUUUAAAACAUGCCAUUCAAAGCAGCAUAUUAUUUGGUGGAUUAAAAUUGAGUGCAGUUCAUAAAAGUUGUGUUGCGUGCGAUAUUGUGAUAUUGUUAUUACACUGUGCCAUAUCAUUGAGAGCUUUCAAGGUUAAAUUAAAUGCCUGGAGUAUAAGCACAGUCAGUUUAAUUUUAAAUAAAAUUUUUGGUAAGGCGUCAACAUUGAUAAGAAAAGUCACUACAGAUCUCAGUUAAACUUUGGUAUUUGUGUAUCGAACGUAGUGUCGAGAAACAGACAGUUAUGCUGCGAUUCGCUAGAAUGAUAAUGAUGACGAUGAUAAUGAUGAUGAUAAUGAUAAUGUUUAUAGUUGUUGAAUUUCCAGUGGCUUUUUGCCGUCUUUUAACUAAAAUAAAGAGAAGUCUACAUAUAUUUGAGCACUGCGCGGUUUUUACAUUAAAUGUUCCAAAUCUGAAAGGUUUCUCAGUACAAUUGUAGCAGUAAAGGUAUGUGACUUGUUGAAAAUAAGUUCUUUUUAAUCUUUUUGAAAAUAUUACUCGCUACGCUCAAAUAGUUGUAGGGGAAUGAGGUGGGAACAUUAUCAUCAUCAUUAUUAUCAUUACUUUAUUAUUCAAAUUUCAUACCAUACGAUACAUACCAUACAUUUAACCGUACGUUAAACCUCGCAAUUGUUUCGAUCGAAUGUCAAUCCGAAUAAAGCUGACAAGAUAUCACUGCUCAAAGCGAAAUAAAAUGAUCAAUUGCUUUACCUUACACGCUAGGAAAUUUACUGUAAAUUUUUGAGCGGAUCAGGAGACCACUAGGAAAUUUUGUGGAAAACUGUAGAGCGGAUCGGGAGACCGCUAGGAAACUUUGUGGAAAAAUGUAGAGCGGAUCGGGAGACCGCUAGGAAAUUUACUGAAAAUAGUUGAGCGGAUCGGGAGACCACUAGGAAAUUUGCUGAAAAUAGUUGAGCGGAUCGGGAGACCGCUAGAAAAUUUUGUGGAAAACUGUAGAGUGGAUCGGGAGACCGCUAGGAAAUUUACUGAAAAUAGUUGAGCGGAUCGGGAGACCACUAGGAAAUUUGCUGAAAAUUGUUGAGCGGAUCGGGAGACCGCUAGAAAAUUUUGUGGAAAACUGUAGAGUGGAUCGGGAGACCGCUAGGAAAUUUACUGAAAAUAGUUGAGCGGAUCGGGAGACCAUUAGGAAAUUUGCUGAAAAUUGUUGAGCGGAUCGGGAGACCGCUAGGAAAUUUUGUGGAAAACUGAAGAGCGGAUCGGGAGACCGCUAGGAAAUUUACUGAAAAUAGUUGAGCGGAUCGGGAGACCGCUAAAAAAUUUUGUGGUAAACUGUAGAGCGGAUCGGGAGACCGCUAGGAAAUUUACUGAAAAUAGUUGAGCGGAUCUGGAGACCGUUAGGAAAUUUGCUGAAAAUUGUUGAGCGGAUCGGGAGACCGCUAGGAAAUUUGUGGAAAACUUUAGAGCGGAUCGGGAGACCGCUAGGCAAUUUGCUGAAAAUUGUUGAGCGGAUCGGGAGACCGCUAGAAAAUUUUGUGGAAAACUGUAGAGCGGAUCGGGAGACCGCUAGGAAAUUUACUGAAAAUAGUUGAGCGGAUCGGGAGACCAUUAGGAAAUUUGCUGAAAAUUGUUGAGCGGAUCGGGAGACCGCUAGGAAAUUUUGUGGAAAACUGAAGAGCGGAUCGGGAGACCGCUAGGAAAUUUACUGAAAAUAGUUGAGCGGAUCGGGAGACCGCUAAAAAAUUUUGUGGUAAACUGUAGAGCGGAUCGGGAGACCGCUAGGAAAUUUACUGAAAAUAGUUGAGCGGAUCGGGAGACCGCUAGGAAAUUUGCUGAAAAUUGUUGAGCGGAUCGGGAGACCGCUAGGAAAUUUGUGGAAAACUUUAGAGCGGAUCGGGAGACCGCUAGGCAAUUUGCUGAAAAUUGUUGAGCGGAUCGGGAGACCGCUAGGAAAUUUUGUAGAAAACUGUAGAGCGGAUCGGGAGACCGCUAGGAAAUUUACUGCAAAUUUUUGAGCGGAUCACGACACCGCUAAAAAAAUUCCAGUAGUGACCAGCAGCUACGCCAAUAUCCAGGCCAUGUGUUGAAAUUAGACCUCCUGGUAAAGGAGCCCAUAAUAUCAUCGUACAAGUGAAUAAACUGAAAAUGCACAUGUUUGUUUGUAAGUGUGUGUGCUAUGUUCCAUUACUAUUCAGAAUUCGGUACACAUAACGUUGGAAGAACGUCUUAUAAAAUCGUUUUACUACUUAUACUGUAAAUGUUCAGCUGGAAGCAAAUUUUAAGAAUAACUUUAACAAAAACAAUACAAUUCCAAAAAUACGUUAUUCAUGAGUGGUAUUUGAACGUUAUCGCAACUGAUUGCAGAACAGUUUUACUAUAUGAUAGUUUUAACAGUUUUUAACAGUUAGAUACAUAACCUAACAACAUAUUAAAAAUACGAUCAAUUCGGAAUUAACGGUUCAUGCAAUGUAUUUUACAAUUUCUAUAACAGUUAGCUUAAAGUUUUAUCUACGCCUUAUCAAAUCGUUUUGCAAUUGUUUUAAUAUGGUUAAUAUGCAUUGUCUUUUUACAGAUUUUGAAAAAAAAAUCGUUGAAAAAAUAAACCAUUUGAAAAUGUCGUCUGCCGGAAAAUAUGUUCGGGCCCCUAAAUCCAACAGCGAUCCCGAAGAAUACGGCGAAAUGUAUGGCGAGUGGUCGUCAGAUGACAUGGAGUUUGAAGAACGUGAAAUUCCAAUAAACGAGAAACGUGAAUAUAAAAAAAGUGAAAACCAGGAAUACAUCCAGAAGAUAGAAAAACUGCAGAAUACUAUAGAUAAAUUAGUUAAAGAGAUGAACACUUAUCGCUCUCGUGAAGAUGACGAGUCGGUCAGAAGUUCUGCGCUUUCUGAUGAAGAUCUAAGCUGGAACAAUGCGAAGGUCAAUCCAGGUUCAUCAGCAAACUCUGGUAGUAUUCGAUGGGAAAAUAUAAAACCUUUCCCAAACGAUGUUCCGGCAAACGCUAUGUGGGAACAAUGGAACAGGUUUAUCGAUCGGUUUGAGAUCGCUACUUCCUUGGCAAAUGUGACGGACCCUGUCAAGCGCGCUCAGACAUUGUUCCUUUCGAUGGGAGAGAAACUCCAAGGAAUUACCAGGGCUGCGAGACUUCGCCCAAGUCUGACCGAACCAAACUGCUACAACCUAUUUGUCAAAAACAUCGAAAAAUAUCUGCAAUCAAUGGUCGACGUAACGGCGGAACAUGAAAUGUUUUCCAAUCUCCAACAAGGCAUUGAUGAACCAACUAUUGCCUUCCAUGCACGUCUUUUGGAAAAAGUGCGUCUCUGUCGUUAUAGUCAAACGGAUCAGGAUCGAUUCAUUCGAAUGCAACUACUUAAAGGAAUGCGUAACCGUGAGGUGGCAAAGGCGGCGAGAAUUUUUGGCUAUGAGACGACUUUUAUUGUACAGUCUGCGACUCGAGAAGAGGCAUACAUUCCGAAACCGUCACGAGUAGCUGAAUCCAGCAGAGCAUUCGUGGUGUCGCGAGAACGGAAUCGGUUCAGUGGAAAUAAACACCUGCCAAAACGCCGAUAUAAUGAUGCGGGCUGGAAUUACCCGGAAAGGUAUCGACAAGAAAGCGAGAACCAUUUUUCCGGAGAAGGAAAACGUUUUCGCUGCAAUAGGUGUAACCGUUUGUUCCACAAAUCUGGAACUUGUCCGGCAACUAAUGAGGAGUGUCGUACUUGUGGAAAUCCUGGACAUUACGCGGCAACGUGCAGGGAAAGAAAUGCCACGUACAUUCAGAAAAGGCAAAGCUCCAUUAAGGAAAGAUCGGGUGAAAAAGAUAAGCAUAGGUUCAUCGGAGCCAAUUUGUUUCCUACACGCAAAAGAAUUUAGAAAUUAAUUUGUGUGUUCUGUAGAAAAUACUUUACUUCCCUAUAACUCAUUAAUUUCACGUAAAAUCAAAGUGAACGCACACACCCAUAUUUUUAUUUUUUUUAAAGCGUGCGCUCACGCACACAAAUAAACAUUCGAUCCUUUCGUGGAAUAAAAUCAUUCAGUGCUAAAAAUUUUAUUUGUCGCCGUUCUUUCUUCCGCGACAGCAAGUGCUGUUCGUCUCCGGAUUGAAGAAAUCAUUCAAAGCGGGACUCAAAGUGAAACAGCAGAAGCACGAAUAUUUCCACCGUGGGAAUUCCUGUGUUUCCUGCCUUCCGUAUUAAACAUCCAGAGGACCAUUCGACGAAUGGAGAAUCACACCACUCGAAUCAAUCGACAGGUGCCAUCUCGGCUGAGCUGGAAACCUAGUUCAGUAGCAACAGCUGCUGUUUCAGCAGAAGUUGAAAAUUCAUCAGUGUCACUUCUCUGCAAUACACUCAGCAGCAGCAACCACAAAAGCAAAAAAAAAGAUACAUCCGCAACAAUGGAAUACGCAGCCAAAUUACCCUCGUCUUACCACAGUCAGCUAGAGAUAGUUCCGGAAGGAGAGAUAUCACAGCUGUCCGGCAGGAAUCGGCUUCCGUCGCUGUCCGCAGGUUGAACAAAUUAUCACCAUCCCCGUUCCUAGAUUCAAUAUUCAGUAUAUGACAAGUGGCAAUGUUGCUGAAAAUCUGCUGCGAUAAAACGAUGGCUACGACACCUAUUAGACGGAGUCCAACCUUUGAUUCCAUCGGAAAAUAUAGCAAGGUCGAAGACUGGAUUCGAGGAAGGUAUGAUGCUUAAGUUGCUUAUCUGCUAAACCAUUCGUCGUCCUGAGUAGCAACGGAUACUUCGGUACUCAAGUUUUCGUACAUCAUAAUCUACAUCGUUCGUACUAUGUGUUGUGGAUAAGCCUGUCAUCGAACACGUCAUCGACAAGCUGUUCAAUCUCACUGAAAGUCGGCGAGGGUGUCAGCUGUCUUGAAUCGCUACGUGUUGCCUGUGUCCGAUGAUGACCAAAUCGCUGGCAGCUUCCAUUUAUUUCAUUUCGAGUUGACGCUGAAAGUUGUCUACAUUCUAUUCCGGUGAAAUAGAUUCAAAAAGAAAAGUGUCAGUGCGUGGAAAGUCGAUUGUUGGUGCCUUAACGAUUGUUGCUGCGUAUAAGGUUUAUGUACAACAUGAACACUUUACGUGGUUAUUUGAAAAAGUCAGUAUCUGAAGCCAAGCCGUCUUUUGAAAAAAUCGACGACAAUAAAACUCAGAUUGGGCUGGAAAACGAUCAAAAGAAACAGGAUGUAAACAAACGUAAGAAACGUCGUAGUUGAGCUGCCUAUAGCUCUCUGGAUGACAGCAAAACAUUAAACCAAGAUUCGAAAACAACGGAUUGCAUUAUAUAUCUAAAAUUUAUAUGAUUUGAAGUAAUAGGCAUCUCUUAAAAAAAUUAUAGUUCUUGGGUACAUUUUGAACUAUACACCACUGUACAAGCUAUAAGACAGAAAUAGCUCAGAUCCCCACUCACAAUUCAACAAAAUAAUUUCCGCGUUUAAUGAUAAAAUAUGCUAAUAAUUGAAAUUCAUAUCUCGUGGAUGUAGUUGUGUGCUUAUUUGUAUGGAGUUUGUGUUGCGAACCAUAAAAAACAACGUUGAUUUAGAAUUAAAAUCUUGAAUUCACAAUUAUGAAUGCAAUUUCAAAUUUUCGAUUCUUAAUGUACAUAUUUACAAACUAAGAUUUACACUCAUAAUUAUAUUUUGUCUUCCACAUUUGUGAAAUAUUUAAAUAUCAUUUUCAAAAUACAAACUUUAACUACUUGGUAGAACGGUCGCUGCUAUAAAAUAUAUUUUCUGAUUUAUUUUGAAUAAAUUAUCCUUCCGAAUUUUGGUUUUCUUGAUCACACUGUAAUACAUAACAGCAUAUAGGUACACGCUCAUUUUUAUUUAACCAUAUAUGGUUAUACCAAUUUUCUGGUUUUUUCUCAAAAACUAUCAAUAUUGUUUUUUUAAAGAUUAUUUCUUUGCGAAAUUUUAACCAUUUUGGCAGUUCUCGUGUAUUAACCACAAAAUGGUUGAAACAUUUCUUCGCCAUUUUGGAUUUAACCGUGGAGCAAACCGAACGCGUUUAUUAAAAUUUGUAUUUUUUUCGCACGAAUAAAAUGUUUCAUAGUAGUAUAGUAAAUCUGUUCCUGCGAUUCGGAUGAAGCUGGGGCUGGUCGGUCGGCGUCUCUGCUGGAAUUGCGGUCGAUAUCGCUGUCUCAGGAAACUCCCGGUUCAUUCAGUACUAGAAGCAAAAAACUUGGAUUGCCUGUCAAAAUUAUUUUGCCAAUUUUUUGGUAAAUUUUGGCUAUAUCCGUCGGUGAAAAUCAGUCAAAAAUGGGAAAUAAGCCACUCCGAAAAGCUCCGGUCGGAAGAAAUCAGCAUCAUGGGAAUGGCACAGCAAAUGGUCCACAUCAAGCGGGAAGUGAACAAAACUGCCUGUAAGUCGCUGUCCGUGAAUCGGAAAACAGAACUCUGAUCAAUCAUGGUCGGCUGAUUCUGGGUUCCGGCACCGGGGCAAGUAUAUCGCUCAGAAGGGAUAAUGCACAUGUUAUCCAAGCUGGGAUUGUCGUCAACAUCGUCAACAGCAUAAUGAAAGAGGAACAGGAACAAGCUAAAGUUCGCAAGUUAGUCGAACUACAACAAAUAACUUUAUUGGUGACGCCAUCUGUUCCGCCUAUGCCUUCUGCAGAAAUGUUAGCUAGCGGUGGCUCCAGUCCAUCGCAUGAAGUUCAGGAAUUUUUAUCGCUCAAAGAAAACGACUGUCUUAAUGAGCACUAUGAUUCCGACAAUAUCCUUUUGGAAGAUACCGAUGAGAUUGCUGGUGAUGAUGACGAGUUGAAUGAUCUGGAAAACGAAAUCAUCGACGACGAAGAAACACGGUAAAAUUUCAAAAACAUAGACGACGAUGACAAUGAAUCUCCUAGCAGUAGAACCAUUGAAUGGCCGAAGGUUCCCGGAGUGCCGCUUCCUCCGUUGAAAGAUCUUCCACAGCCUUCCAUGCUUCCCAGCAUUGCUGUUGUACAAUCGAACAAACAGAUGGACGAACUAACUCAAAAAAUGGAUCGGCUGUUAGACGUAGCAGAAUUCCUCGACAAAUAACUGAACUGCGUUCGCAAGUGUCCGAUCUACAAAAAAUACGUACAGAUAAUUCGAAGUUACUCAAUGAUACUCUACGGGAGAUCGAAUCCAACAUUAUCGAGCAGACCAGUUCGGAGAAGCGCACUUUGUCCGAUAUUCAUAGUGAGAAAAUCGGAACUAUGUACAGCAAACAUUUCAGCAGCUUAAACUUUACUAUCAUGAAUUCACUAGAACCGAGAUUGACGCUCCAGAUUGUCAACCGAAUCGGGAGCAGUUGCAGCAAAAAUUCGAUUGUGCCCUCCAAGAGGGUGUACAAAAACUAUGCGUAAUCAGGUAACUAUUGAUGCUAUCGGUAAUUCCGUCUAUAAGAGUGUUCGAAAAGCAAUGGAAACAUCAUUUCAUGAAGCGUUACGAAACAUCAUUUUACCGAAUUAUGAGUGAUGCUCACAAGAACUGUUUUGGCAGCUCAAUAAAGAAUUUUCAGCAGGGUUAAAAGAAUACCUCGAUAAAACGGAAACGUAUUUAUCAUGCAGAAAACUGAACGAAGAGUUUGAAGCCGCGCUAAAAAAAACCGUUCAAUAAACUGGGCAGAACUUAACUGUCAAUGAUCUAUUCCAACCCGCCAAUGUUGCAGCCUAGCGUAAAGAUCUAAGCAAUGAUUCGAAUGAUUUCCAAGGCAAUUAGCUUAAAAUGAUUUGGGAAAACGUAAGGGCGGAAAUCGAUAAGGGUUUGGAGGCCCAAGCCUCUUCUCUAGAGGACUCAGUAUUGUCAGCGGUGCGGUCGCAAGCACAAACUCCAGCGCCCGCUUUUUUGGGUCAUCCCGAACACAUCCGGCAACUGCUAGCCACAGGGCGCAUAAACGAUGCAUUCGUUAUAGCUCUUCAGUCCAACGAUUUGAAACUAUAGUGUGAUUCACAAUAAAGCACGCCAAUUACAAACAGGUGUUCAAUCCAUGUGCUCUAGAACAACGGAUACUGCUGUCACUGAUUCAGCAGAUUGCAGCCGACAUGUCCAAUAUUAACGACCUUAAGCACAGGUUUCUCUCUGACGCCAUCGUUAAUCUGACCUUCUUCGACCACAUUAUGAAUGAACACAUUCAUAAGGUCCUGCAGGAGGUAGCUCGUAACAUACAGGCAUUUUUGUCAAUGAAUCCCGAACACGUACUUGCUACCAGACUUAAGUUAUUAAUGAUUGCCAUCCAAGGCUGUAAAUAUGCCUGAUCUUUGUGGAGGCAACACCAGUAAAAGGUUCGCGAGGACCUGGUAAUGUUGAGCCGGCAGUUUGAAGAAAAAUAAAUAAGCUGCUUUUAAACCCGCAUCUUUUUUCUUUUUCCAGUUGAAAACAUCCCAAUUCUAGUAUUUUAAAGAAAAAAAAUUACCUGUUUUCCUUCCAUUCUGCGAUAUGGUUUAAAAUAAACCGUUUUUUCAACUUCUCCGCAAUAAUUUCUUGCGGUUAAAAAGUAACCAUAUUUCCACUUCUCAAAAGAAGUCAAAAAAUGAUUUCUAUGGAAGCAGUCAAAAAAUCCCUUAACGCGGAAGGGUGUGAAAAUGGUUACUUUUUAACGAUAAUUGGUUAAAGAAUUUCGAGCGUGUUGGCGUUGUGUUGACUGGCUUCAGGCUGGCAGCCUCCAUUUAUUUCAUUUCGAAUUGGCGCUGAAAGUUGUCUACAUUCUAUUCCUGUAAAAAACGGUGAAAUAGAUUCAAAAAGAAAAGUGUCAGUGCGUGAAAAGUCGAUUGUUGGUGCCUUAACGAUUGUUGCUGCGUAUAAGGUGUAUGUACAACAUGAACACUCUACGCGGUUAUUUGAAAAAGGCAGUAUCUGAAGCUGAGCCGUCUUUUGUAAAAAUAGACGACAAUAAAACUCAGACUGGGCCAGAAAACGGUCAAAAGAAACAGGAUGUAAAUAAACGUAAGAAACGGCGUAGUCGAGCUGCCAAUAGCUCUCUGGAUGACAGCAAAACAUUAAAUCAAGAUUUGAAAACAACAAAAACACCUAAAAAGAAAAAAAGAAAUGUUUCAAUUGAUUCGAUCCCGGAUGAGUUUUGGGAAAUAACUUUUACGCAAGAACAAACACAAUGAAUAUCGUUCUUAUCAAUUAAAAUUCGCUUAAUUUUAAUCAAAAUCAAUGUACCCGAACGACCCGGGUGGUUAAAAGGUCUCUUAUAAAUAAUAAUAAUAAUGUUAAGAGUAAAGAUGCGAGUUGAGAAUAAAUUAUAAUAAAAAUGACAAUGAUUAUACAAAUCAAUAUUUUUACCCCACUUUUAAAGAAAAUAUUCCAAUUAAAAAUUCGUAUUCAUAUUCAGACAACAAUGUACACACGAAGGCUCUACAUUACGGCUUUUCGAUCCAUUGCUUCCUAAAUAUGCAAAUUUAAGGCGAGAAUUCGUGCAGGCGUUUGUUUGUUAUAAAAUAAUCGUUUAUUUAUUUUU